AACGUGUGCUCGUGGCGUUUUUCUCUCCUGCUGCGACCGCAUUGCUGCAAAGUUUACAGUUGCCACAUUUGAAUGCUAGCUGCGGAGUUUAGAAGUUUUUUUUCCCCCUACUGUUGCGGCGCCGCAGACGGUGUUUUCGGUGCCCGCGUGUUCGUCUUGAUGCUCCCGCGACCCGCUGUUCUGGAGACGGGGAAGAGCCAGAGACCCGCCGUGGCCUCAGCGCUAAAGCGGCGCUUUCUCCUGGCCGAUGUGAGCGGCGUUACCGUCGGAUCAUGUGCGCCCUCUUGUUUUAGUUUCCACACGGAGUGGCCGAGCACGUCUUUAACAAAAGUCCCCCGAAACACGUGUGUCUACACCGCGGGAGUCUAAACCAACCACUGCGUGUAUUUCAGCCUCGAAUUCGGUUUUGUGUUUUUUUUUUUUUUUUCUUUCUCGUGGUGCGGGGGGGGGGAAACUUAGCCAAACACACUUUGGGUUGGAAACACUAUGCCUAUUAGGCGUUUCGGGGGUCACAGGUCUCUGGUCUCUCGCUCUCAACCCCUCAAGUUUUCCUACGGUUCCGAGAAAAUGAACGCCUCUAAAGGUGGCUACCGGGUGUUUUCCGCCAACUCCACCGCCGCCUGCACCGAGCUUGCCAAGAAGAUCACGGAGCGCUUGGGUGUGGAUUUGGGAAAGUCGUUGGUUUAUCAGGAGCCAAAUCGAGAGACUCGAGUGGACGUGAAAGAGUCCGUCCGUGGACAAGACAUUUUCAUCAUUCAGACCAUUCCCAAAGAUGUCAACACGGCCAUCAUGGAGCUGCUGGUUAUGGCCUACGCCCUGAAGACGUCCUGCGCCAAGAACAUCAUCGGAGUCAUUCCCUACUUUCCCUACAGCAAGCAGUGCAAGAUGAGAAAGAGAGGAUCCGUUGUCUGCAAGCUGCUAGCAUCCAUGUUGGCCAAAGCCGGGCUAACCCACAUCAUCACCAUGGACCUCCACCAGAAAGAAAUCCAGGGCUUCUUCAGCUUCCCUGUUGACAACCUGAGGGCUUCCCCUUUCCUCAUCCAGUACAUCCAGGAAGAGGUGGCAGACUACAGGAAUGCAGUAAUUGUUGCAAAGUCCCCUUCAGCUGCCAAGAGAGCCCAGUCCUACGCCGAGAGGCUGCGUCUCGGGCUGGCCGUGAUGCACGGCGAGGCCCAUCACUCGGAGCUGGACAUGGUCGACGGGCGACAAUCGCCCCCGUUCUCUUCCGCCCCCAACCGCACCACCGCAGGACACACCGGCCUGGAGCUGCCAUUAAUGAUGGCAAAGGAGAAGCCACCGAUCACUGUCGUUGGAGAUGUGGGAGGCAGGAUCGCCAUCAUUGUUGAUGACAUCAUAGAUGAUUUGGAGGACUUUGUUGCAGCAGCAGAGAUCCUGAAGGAGAGAGGAGCCUACAAGAUCUACAUCAUGGCUACACACGGCCUGCUGUCCGGAGAUGCUCCAAGAUUAAUAGAGGAGUCCGCUAUCGACGAGGUGGUGGUGACCAACACUGUUCCUCAUGAGGUGCAGAAGCUUCAGUGUCCAAAAAUUAAAACCGUGGAUGUCAGCAUGAUCCUGGCUGAGGCCAUCCGGCGGACCCACAACGGAGAGUCCAUGGCCUACCUGUUCCGCAACAUCGCCGUCGACGACUGAGGCAACAGACACUCUCCCUCCCAUUCACCCACACACACCCACACACACACCCCCAUCCACACACACACACACACCCCAGAAUCCUGAACCUGUAGGUCCUGUUUGUUUUGCUGAUGAACAUGUCAAGAGAUUGGCUGUAUUCACUGCAUGUAACGUAUGAAGCAAAUCAAACUGCGUUAUUCCUCAUGUUGCAAAGUGGGACUGCACAGACCGUACAAACUGUUUCACUUCACUAAUACUGUACCUGCUUCCUACCAUCUAAAAACACAAGUGGCACAAUACAAUGUAUCGUGUGCAGCCUCUCGGCAAACACUGCAGAAUUUGGCAAAUAAAGAUUCAUCUGGAGUCAAUAUCCGCAAUGAUCUCAUUUCUUCCCCU